GUAAUAAGAAGCCAGCACAAGAACUUGAGGAGACACUAGCAUGUAGUUGUGGGUGGCUGCUUGAACUACAGAGUGUCGUUGCAGAAUUUGUGUGCGUUUCUGAAUAUUCAACAACACAAGUAUAGCUUUUCGUCGGUGCCAGUAACUGAAAGAAGCGUCAUGGAAAAUCCGCGGUAAAUAUCCUGUGUAAAACCGUUCCCGCCGCAGAGUCAAGAUGGCGACUUCUUUUCUACACAAACCAACGAGGGUCUACUUUGGGCAACGCAUGACAAGUCUGGGCACCCAGUGCAGUUGUGUUUAGCUAGAGCAGGCACAGAACAAAUUCACCAUGCUCUUUAUCCUCCUUAGAGCACUGCAACUUUUCAGAUGAAUUUAUAGAAUGCUGCUCCUGGGUUUGCGAUUGCGCAUGAGAAACCUUUUCGACAUGCCACUUCGAUGGGGACGGGUUUACACAUGAUGCGCGCCGCAGUCCCUGCGUCUGCUAGAGCGUCUGCUAGAGCGCGUGGACUUGUCACCGGAACGUGUUUUUACCGAAAAGUGGUUAUUGCACUGUUCCAGACCGGGCUCGGUAUCUCCCGUGGAUAGUAAGUACCAGUAUGGCUCUCACCAUGAUGCAGCCGAUGCGGUUUAUGCCGCAGCCCGCACGUAUCAAAAGUAAAAAUGUCUGGGUCUGGAAACUUGUGAUGCUGGGUGGCGUCUCAUGAUGCGGCUACAAAUGCUGGCUCAGCAUGACAAGUUUCUGAGCUCCUAGGUGUUGCCUUGUCUGCGUGACAAACUGCGCUUCUGCAUCACAGAGAAACGGAGCGUUUGGGUAACGUGCAUGACAGAUUUAAGAGUCAUGCCAGACAAGCAUGACAAACAUGAAUUCUUCCAGACCCAGACAUUUUUACAGUUGAUAGCACGGCAGACGCUGAGUUUCGUACCGCCUCCGCAGACCCGACCCGCCGCGGGGCUGAUGCCGCAGGGAAACGCCGGACCAGGCCGUAGUUUUUUUUGUUUCAAACGGGUUUUUUUUCACGUAUCUAUGUAAGUAUCAUCCCGUGCUGCACCUACAUGAAAACAGCUCCAAGGAGGACGACGUGGGGUAUGUAAGUAUGUUACGCGUCUUUUUGAUUUUUUCCCUGCGCUUUCCUCUACCGGUACCUUGUUGAAAAGCACAAAACAAUAACAUAUUGAAAAGUGCCCCCGUUCCAGAAGUUUCAAAUAUUUGUGUUGCAAGGUUUCCAAAGGGAUUGCAUGCUUGGGCGAAGGUUUUCCGUGAUGCAGGUUGCAGGUGCGCAAAGCAGUCCCUACAUGACAGGCCCCCCCCCGUGUGCUGGGCUUUUCUUUAUUGCUAUUCUGACUGGGAAAGUUGUUCUUGUUACGCUGCUGACAGCACAUGCAAGGCGGCAAAUCAGGUUUCCGUUGGGAAAUUUUGCAACGAAAACAAUUCCAUAUUCUGGGGCUGGGGCACUUUUCAACUCGAUAGAAAUACAGGCGCGACGUUUACGAGCUUUGCGCAGUUGCAGCAACCACAGCAAUAUGGAUUGUAAAAGUAAGUAUCGCUACGCUUCUACUUCUACUAAUAUGAAUUGCAUUACAUCAUACAAAUUGGCCUUAGCAUGACAAAUGCCAAUGAGAUUUCUUGUUAUCCGGAUUGACCUUAAGAAUAGUGCGGUACUUUGACUUUUGCGCUGGACGAGCAAUCGCGAAGCUACGUGCCUGUUGUGAAGCGGGAAGAGGUACGGACUCCAAACGUGUCUGUGGCGGGAAAAGAGAUGAAGCCAGAAUAGUACGACGCGUGUUGUGUGUUUUGCAUUCCUCUGUGUUGAAUCUGUAUUGCAUGUUGAUGACCAACAACAUUUCCUUCAAACGACCUUGGGCGUGUUUGUCGUGCAGGAAAAAUGCGGCAUUUGCACUGCGCUGUACCAGCACGCAUGAGAGACUGCUUUCCAGAUCCAGACGCAUUUGCAGUGGAUGUGAGGCCGGCGCGGACGACGAGAGCAGCGCUACGUUAUCAUACUGAAAAGUGCCGCCCCGACCCCAGGCCUCGGAAGCAUUUGCCUUGCAAAUAUAAGCAACCGCAACGCGGGUUGUCGAUGCAGGGUAGUGAGACGAGCGUGUGUUGCAAAAAUGCGUAAGUAGCAAGGGCGAGAUUUGUCGUGUGCAAGCUGCUGCUUUGCGCGCCUAGAGUCUCGAUCAGGAAGACCCGUAGUGCUGCUUCUUUCAUGCAAGUCAAAAAGUUUGUUUCAAUAGAAAACAACUUUGCAUCAGAUGAAACAGUAAGUGCCCACUUCUGGGGAAGGGGCACCUUUCAACGGGUGGAUACACGCACACCAUUCCCUUCUGGUGCGGGCUCGGGGUCAACGCGGAUGGCAUAUCCAAGAAAAAAAGUGUGUAGGCGUAGUAACUUUGUUUCAGGACGAAUUAUAGCAUCACAAAUCUGGCCUCGGGCGCGACAACAAAACCCUGUCAUGCGCAGAAGAUAGUGCAUGUUGAAUGGGCCUUGGAUCAUUGCAAGAGAGACCAGCAACAGCAUGACAGACGGAGCCAUCUUGAAUGAUGCAUGUUCUACAACAUCACAAAGCUACACCAGCAAUCUUUUUUCCACUUGGAUACGGCACGCUGGAAAUUCAUUUCCAGGACGACGCGCACUCCAAGCUGCUGCAGCAAAACGAGCACUUCGCAGGUAAUUUUGGCUGCGAAUUAUUUCCGGUUGUCGGUGCGGGAUCCUAAUUCUCUUCGGAAAUCAGAUGUAAAAAGCUCUAUCUUUGCUUUGGUAAAAUUAUGCACAAAAAUCAUUAUACCUUUCACCUGAAAAUGAAAAUCAUGAUAUUACAGGUCACGCGGGGAAGAUCCGGUACGUGAACGCGAGAAGUAAUGCUCCACUCCCCGGAUCCUGCGGUUCGGGAGGCCAUGCAGGUUCCCGCCCCCACCCCUCCCUGCCGAGCAGUGCGGUGCAGCCGAGCAGUGCGGUGCAGCCGAGCAGCGGGCCCCCCGACACCACGCCGCUCCCGACACUGCCGCAGUGCUUCCAGCGGAUCGUGUUUUUCGAUCCGGAGGGGCUGAUCAUCCAGGACGGCACCCAGCUUGCUGGCUUCGGGUAUCACAAUGAAAAAUGCCCCCCGCGCCCCAGAACUUGGCAGCAUUUGUAUUGCAAACCUUAUUUCCAAUAGAGACCUCUUGCGUACAUCAGCAUCACAAAUUUGCCAUGCUGAAUACUCAAAUCUGUGUUGCAAAGAAGCCCAGCAGUAGCCGCGAAGCUAGAUCCUGCAUCAGAAAGGCUCGCAGUCCUUUCAUGCAAGACAAAAGGCUUUCAUUUGGAAACUUUGCAUGAAUAACUUUUGCAAGUUCCGGGUGGGAGGUAGUUUUAAUUGUGAUAUCGGGUCCUCGAACCUUAUCCAGCUGAAGCGGUUGCAGGACGCAAUGGGACAGUCCGCGCAGUUUGUGCUUUGUCUAGGAGAAGGUAUAAUGUUUCAUCAGUCCUUCCUAUUAGGAACAGGGAGCGUGAUGUCGUAGUGUUUGCAGUCCUUAUCUGUUGAAUAGAUUCACUGGACUACGGUGUUUUUUUGCCUGCGGCUGCCAGAAAAACCAGUAAUUAGGCGUUUCUUCGUCGCAUGGUCGAAUUGGUUUGAAGGAUGAUUUUGAGAAGUGCACAUCACCACUUUACCAAAAAGCUGUCCGCCUGGAUCCGACGGAGGAAAAGCGGUAUUAUCCAGGGUGAAAAAGUGCUGGCUCGCCCAUAUCACAUUCGAAAUUAUUUGCCAUGAUGCCUUUGCAAAUUAUUCACAAGACAAAACAUCAUCACUGAAGGCACGACUUCGCCGUCAUGCAAAACGCAGACUGUCAUGCCAGGUACUAGGGACCACCACGUCGAUCAGACAUAGUGUCGAAUCGUCAGUAGAAUGUAAAAACUGCGUGUGCCGUGCUAUUUUUCUGUUGGAAAAGCGUCUGCGACUGCUGAUGACUAACGGGAUCAAGAUUCACUGCACCUGCCCGCGCGUGGAACUGUCCAACAUGGAGUUUGUCAGCAAAAUCUCCCGGAAAAACAAAUCAACCAUGUUGUACGACCAAGAAGUCGCGGUGGAAAAGAUUCGGCAGCAGCGCUGCACCGAGAUCCGGGCGUUUUUGAAGCACGCCACAAACGAGUUGCUCAAGAAGCAGAGCAAACCGCGGGGAGGUGCGGCGCAGCAGCCGGCGGCUACUAAUAGCACCACGGGCGGCGGAGGUAGUGCUGCAGCUGCGGCACAUGCUGGGGCGCGGAGGAGGAGCCAGCAACAGGCGGACCAGCAAACUGAUGCGGGGGUGCAAGGCGUGCACUACUGCGUGCUGCAGACGUGGGGAGGCAAGGAACCCUUCGGCAUUCACGACCAAGCGUACGAGACUGCACAGAACGCAGUCCUCCUCAUUUGUCACGCAAAAUUCCAAAUCGAAGAGCUGCCUGAUGAUACUGCUUGCAUGACAGAUUUUGGGAGCCGCAACAGUACUACAUUACGCGCAUGAACUUGUCAUGCACACGCCUCACAGGUGCGGGCGUUUGUAUUGCUGCCCAUGCAAAAAUACAAGUGAGGGGGACGAGGGGGGGUUUUGCACUGUCAUGAAAUACUGCCGGACGAGGAAAUUGCCGCGCGGGUUGUGCAGCCCAAGGACUUCAUCGAUGCCCUUGCGGUUGUGAAAUUUUUUUUGGACGAAAUGUAGUUUGUGAAUGUGCGGCGCAGUCGUGCAGCAACUGUAAGUAAGAAAGUACCUCAUGAUAGUGCCACCAAAUUUCUUAUCAUAUUGGACGUCCAGUACCAGAUUCACUUCUGUAGUGCAAGACUUGCGGCGCCACUAUUGUAUCAUAGUCGGCGGCCGAAGGGCAGCACUGUUUAAAACCGCUCGCAAAUGAUGAGUACAUAAAAAGCUGGAGCUGCUACGUGGACACGUUUCAGCGAGACAGUCCCAUCAU